UCGCAGCAGCCGCAUCGUUCCAGCAGCGAAACUCGGCCGCCGCGGGGCUCCCUCAACUUCCUAAACCUCUGUUUGCCAUCGCCAAAGGCUCCCGGAACAUGCACUCGAAAGUAGUCAUCAUUGGCUCGGGCCCAGCUGGCCAUACAGCUGCCAUCUAUGCUGCUCGGGCUGACCUGAAUCCGGUCCUGUACGAGGGCUUCCUCGCGCUCGGAAUUGCUGCCGGCGGGCAACUGACUACCACGGAUGAAGUCGAAAACUUUCCCGGCUUCAAGAAGAUCCAGGGAGCAACGUUGAUGGAUCAAAUGCGCGAGCAAUCUGAAGCAUGUGGCGCCGAGAUCGUAUCCCAGACCGUCGCGAAAAUCGACUUGAAGACCCGCCCCUUCAAAUACUGGCUACACCCCAUGGGCGACGACGAUGAGAUCGAACCGGAGGUGCACACCGCGGACUCAGUGAUAAUCGCGACAGGCGCAAAGGCUCGAAGACUGGAUCUGCCUGGAGAAAUCAAGUACUGGGGCAAUGGUGUGUCAGCAUGUGCUGUUUGCGAUGGCUCGCUGCCGAUGUUCAGAGACCAAGCUUUGGUUGUCAUUGGUGGAGGCGACUCCGCUGUUGAAGAGGCAUUAUACCUGACCAAGAAGGCUAAGAAGGUGACGGUCCUAGUACGGAGGGACAGGCUACGGGCUAGCAGGACAAACGCGCGCCGUUUGACGACGCACCCGAAGGUUGAGGUCAAGUUCAAUCACAGCGCCACGCUGAUCAAGGGCGACGAGAAGAAGAAUGGGCUCAUGUCGUCUCUCGUUAUUAAGAACAAUGUCACUGGAGAAGAGCAAGAAAUCGAGGCGAGAGGGUUGUUCUAUGCCGUGGGACACGACCCAGCAACCGCACUCUUCAAGGGGCAGCUAGAGAUGGACGAAGAUGGCUAUCUCAUCACACAGGCUGGUAGAGGCCUGACUAGCGUUGAGGGAGUGUUCGCUGCUGGAGAUGUACAAGACAAGCGGUACAGACAGGCCAUCACGAGUGCAGGCUCUGGAUGCGUAGCAGCACUCGAGGCUGAAAAAUGGCUCAUGGACCAAGAACCCACGGUUGAGAACGAGCUCGAUACCGAGAAUCAGGCCGAGAAGUCCCAGACGAACGGCGUUGUGCCAGAGUACCGAUCUAACCCUCUGCUAUGAGCGUUCGUGUUGAUAUGCUCUCAACGUUCGAAAAGCUUUUGGAUUCGCAUCUCUGCAUACCCGCGCGAGUCGUGCGCUAGUUACUUUGCAUCUGAUGUCUUUUGUACAUUUCUUGCUGGCAUUAUCACCGGCCAGCGACCUUCUAUCCGAGACUACAUAGACUUU